CCCGAACCCUUUUUUUUUAACAGAUAUAGUAGGUAAUUCCGAUGCUGCCACCUCAUAAUCUUCUCUACUCCCCCUCUCUAGUAGAAUUUUUGCCUUCCGUGGGAAUCGUACCACGUAUCCUGAGAUUCAGGUAUAUGUUCAAUUCAUUCCCAGUACCAAUUGAGCAUGUACCUGAACCCCAGGGUAUGUCGUUCGAUUCCCACUGAAGGCAAACACUCUAUUAGAGAGGAGAGUAGAGAAGAUCAUAGGUGACAACGUCGCGUCGGGAUUGCCUACUAAAACCUAGAAAAGGGGUAUGGGUUGUUACAAGUUCAACUUGGCCUAAGAAUUUUGUUAAUGGAUAAUCUAAGUGGAUAUAUAAUUUAACAUGUAGUUUUACCAGCUCUUUCUUAAUCUCGAGCGCGUUCUAACUAUAAUGAGUUUUGAGAUUCAAUUCAUCUAAACUUUUAAGUCAUGAGUAAACCUACCUAUAAUCAACUCUUUAUAAAUCCAAAAAUUAUAUUUUUGAAAACAAUUUUUUUUCUUUCUUUUAGUACCUUAAUAAUUGAUAUUAGCAUGAGGUGCAUGACCUUAUAAUGACAUAACAUAACAAUAAUACAACUCACGACAUGAUUGAAUGAGUGUAGGCUUUUCGAAAAUCCAAAAUUCCUUUCCCUCUCACUCUUUUCUUCUUCAGCAGCCUCCUCUUUCCAUCAACCCAAUCCACUACUCCUUAACUAUAGUAGAAUUAAUCAAACACAAUAUUGCUGCUGAUAUAUUAUACAACAUAACAUAAACUUCAUUGAAUUAAUAGCCAAUGGUUUAAUUGCCAUGAAAUGAAAGUGAUAGUGCCUUUGCAAGGAGUAGUUCAACAAGGAACAUGGGGUCUUUUUUUAGGUUCAGUUAUUCCAUGUGCUCUUUUAUACUUUCUUCAAUUCUAUUUUAAGACACGUCAUCGUAACGCCAACACUCCUCCUCCAACAGCUACCAACAACAACCUUCCGCAUCCGGAACUCGCUGCCUUGUCACGCACUCUCUCGCAGCGAAUCAGAGGCUCAACUGCCUCCGCUUAUGUCUCCGGUCGGGUUAAUUCAAUCAUCGUAGAUUCUCCUUAUUAUGUAGGUUUAAACAUGGUUGCAGAUAAUCCUUACCAUCGGAUUCAUAAUCCUGAUGGUGUUAUUCAGCUUGGUUUGGCACAAAACACUCUAUGUGUGGACUUGAUUCAAGAAUGGAUUCGUCACACCGGAAGCGCUGCUAUACUGGAGACACAAUCAAAUUGCGGUUGCCUCAGUAUCACUGACCUUGCUACUUACCAUGGAUUCAUGGACUUCGAAGUGGUUGUGGCUGGUUUCAUGUCUCAAGUUUUGGAAAAACCAGUUUUCUUCAACCCCUCACAUAUGGUGCUAACUGCAGGUGCCAUCUCUGCCAUUGAAAUUCUAAGCUUCUGCCUUGCAGAUAAUGGAAAUGUGUUCCUUGUUCCGACACCUCAUAGUCCUGGCUUUGAUGAGGCCGUAAAAUGGAGAACUGGGGUGGAUAUAGUAUAUGUUCCAUGUCGCAGCGCUGAUGACUUCAACCUAAGCAUAACUGCACUUGACCAAGCCUUCAACCAAGCGAAGAAACGUAGUCAAAAAGUUCGUGGAGUAAUAAUAUCAAACCCUUCAAACCCUGCUGGCAAAUUGUUAAAUCGAGAAACACUACUUGAUCUUCUGGACUUUGCUAGAGAGAAGAACAUUCACAUAAUCUCUAAUGAAAUAUUUGCUGGCUCUGCUUAUAGAAACGAAGAGUUUGUGAGCAUGGCAGAAAUCAUGGAAGCAGAAGAUCAUGAUCGGGACAGAGUUCACAUAGUGUUUGAUUUAGCAAAUGAGCUAUAUGUUCCGAGUUUUAAUGUGGGAGUUAUCUACUCCUAUAAUGAGAAUGUUGUGUCUGCUUCCAAAAAAUUGGCGAAAUUCUCACCUGUUUCUGCUCCAACUCAGCAAUUGCUUAUCACCAUGAUUUCAGAUACAGGGUUUAUUCAAGAACUCAUAAAGACUAACAAAUUGAGGCUGCACAAAAUGCAUAAUGCAUUUGUGGCAGGAUUAGAGCAGUUGGGUAUUGAGUGCACCAGAAGCAAGGGUGGUUUUUGCUGCUGGGCUGACAUGAGUAAAUUCAUCCGAUCUUACAACGAAAAGGGGGAACUUGAGCUCUGGGAUAGAUUACUGAAUCUAGCUAAGAUCAAUGUUACCCCGGGUUCCUCUUGUCACUCUAUUGAACCUGGAUGGUUCCGUUUUUGUUUCACUACAUUGACUGAAAAGGAUAUUCCUGUAGUAAUGGAACGGCUUGGGAGAAUUUCUGAGACUACAAGUUGAUGCGGCGUCAAUUUUUUCAGCAAAUUUAGUUGCUUUACUGAUUCUUUAUUCUUGUGGUGAAGCCAACAUCACUUCUUAUAGGAAUAAUCAGCUGUCUGUGUUAUAUUUUUUCAGCAAAGUUAAAAGUCAGUCAAGUUAAGCAGUAUGUGCAUGAAUCCAGAGUCCGUACACGAAUUGAUGCAAGUUUGUUUGCAACAAAAAACGUGUCCUUUGUAACCUCAAAUAAAUAAAAAACAAUAUUGGAAGGAAGAAAAAAGCAAAGAGGAUGCGAAUAAUAGGCAGUUUUUCCCUUGAAAACAUUUGAAACAAUGGAAUGAAUAACUGCUUUUAUUGCAAUGUUACAAA